GGCCGCGGCCGCUGCGGGAAGGAGAGGGAGCCCGGGCGGGCGGCGAGCGGGGGAAAAUGGAGGCCUGGCUGUGGAACGAACGCUUCUGGCUUCCGGUCAACGUGACCUGGGCCGAUUUGGAGCGAGAGACCCUCGACGGCGAGGCCGGAUACCGCGCCGGCCACAUUUUGGCGGCGCUCCCGCUAGCGGCCGGCCUUUGUGUCUUAAGGCACUUCUUCGAGAGAUUUAUUGCCAAACCCUGUGCUUUACAUCUUGACAUUCAAGACAGUGGACCUCGUAGAGCUCAGCCCAAUGCAAUUUUAGAAAAGGUGUUCACAUCUAUCACUAAAUGUCCAGAUACAAGACGAUUAGAAGGUUUGUCAAAACAGCUAGAUUGGGAUGUCCGAAAAAUCCAGCGCUGGUUUCGUCACCGGAGGAACCAGGAUAAACCAAGCACCCUUACAAAGUUCUGUGAGAGCAUGUGGAAACUGUUGUUUUUUUUAGGUAUUUUUGCAUAUGGACUCAGAUUUCUUUGGUCGUCACCCUGGUUUUGGGAUACACGACAGUGCUGGUAUAACUAUCCGUUUCAGCCCAUAACGUCUGGCAUUUACUACUAUUAUGUCAUCGAACUGGCCUAUUACUGGUGUCUUGUCUUUUCACAGUUUACUGAUAUUAAGCGAAAGGAUUUCUUCGUCAUGUUUGCCCAUCACUUGGCUGCCAUUGGACUCCUUAUUUUCUCCUACUUAAACCACAUGGUGCGAGUAGGAACUUUGGUCAUGUGUAUGCAUGAUUCAGCAGAUAUAUUAUUAGAAAUUGCAAAAUUGUUCAACUAUGCGAAAUAUCAGCGACUUUGUGAUGCCACCUUCAUGUUAUUUGCUGUGGUGUUUAUUAUUACCCGCUUGGGGGUUUAUCCUAUCUGGAUACUGAAUACUACCCUGUUUGAAAGCUGGGAAAUAGUUGGCCCAUACCAAUCCUGGUGGCUGUUCAACGGCUUUCUCUUAGUUUUGCAAACAUUACAUAUCACCUGGUCCUAUUUCAUCAUUCUCACUGCUUACAAAGCUGUGGCACGAGGAAAGGUAUCAAAAGAUGAGCGCAGUGAUGUGGAAAGCAGUUCUGAAGAUGAUGAUGUGACUUCGAACAACAGAAAAGGAAUUCUUAACACUUCAAGCAAUGAUCGCAGUCGGAUAAAUGGCCAUGUAAUUAGUGACCAGUGGGCAGAAGAGUAAGAACAGGGGACAGCUGUCUCCACCCCAGAGAUUUGAGUUCAAAUGCCUAGAAAUGUCCACAGUUCCAAGAAAUCUUUAAUCAACUGCCACACCACUCCCAAAGCCUCCAGCAAAUCUGAAACAGGCACAGCACGGGCAGUUUUGCACAGAAUGGAAGCAGCUGAUUACUAGUGCAAAACCUCUUUCUACUUUACCUUUUUAAAGAAAAUAAGCCAUUUUGUAUUUAAUGUUUGUUGAAAUGUGUGUGUAAGAGAGGGAAGGAGGGAAAGGAGCAGGCUUCAGAACUUUUUGUUAAGCUUAAUCUCCAACAGGUUCUGCCUGCUUUACUGCGCUCCAGGAUUUUUGGACAACGAUCUAGUCAGUCCUAUUUCUUGCAGCAUCUAAGGAAACUAAACUGAGCUACAGCGGAACAUAAACAACCUUGGGAUUGUGGUACAGAUAAAGUGAAGGGUUUGCUUAUUAGUGCAUCGCAUACUAAUGGCUAAUAAUGUUUUUUUUCCCUCUCAUGUCAUCUUAUGUCUGAUAAGGAAGAUGAAGCUGGCAUUUAUUACUUUUCUUGAGUGGUGCAGCAUCUCCAAAGUCUUCAUUGUGAUUUCCUACAAUGUCCUGCUUUUCUUAUAAAUUCUGGAUUUGAGGUCAUGUAAGAAUUACCAAACGAGAUGAGUAGCUUUCAGUGCUAGGAUUAUAGUUAGGAAUGACCAGUGUUUGUUGCCGAUUGUUCCAUAAAGAUAAGUUGUGAACUUACCCAUGUUUUCAGAAGAAAAGUGAUGGCCUUGGCCAACCCCAAUCUUGUGGGAUACUGCUGGGAUGCCACACAUGGACUGGAUGAAUCUCCUCCCUCCACUGGUCUUUUAUUCAAUGGUACUUCAAAGGAGUUGGAAGAUGGGGAAGUGUUGUUAGGACUUGGGCUUUGGAAAUCCCCUGAAUUAUUAUCAUUUUAUAUUAUUGUUAACUCUGUGAUUAAAAAAUGCUUGAUGAA